AUGUUUGUCUUGUGCGAGGAAUGGGGCGUUAACGAAGCGCUCCACCACUUCUCGGCGGCGGCUUCAACCAGUAGACAGCGACAGGAACCCCUACCGGAGGAAGAAGAUAGUAGAGGUGGGGGCGAGUCUGUUCCAGGUCGAGACGGUUUCGAGUGGGGACCGGUGUGGCUACUCCAGGCUGUUCAAGGGCGAGUGGACGAGGCAUCGAUCGGAUUUGCAGCAAACGCGACGGCCUUUGGGGAGGCAUGGGCCAGCAAUCAUCUUAGAUCCUGGCGCCGGCGCUUGGGCCGCACGUGUUCCGGUAUUGGCAUGACGGGUGUUUUCGAAGGCGCGGAAAGCCCUACCCUCGGCCAGAAGGAAACUCGAGGAGGAGGAGGAGGAGGAGGAGGAGGAGGAGGAGNCAGCCAGCGCGAGAGCAUGAACCAGCGGGGGGGGUCGAUGACGUCGGUGACGGGCGGCAACAUGGGCGAGAAUGGGGAGGAGGAGGAGGGGGAGGAGGAGGAGGAGGAGGAGAGGCAGAAAAAGGCUAGCGAUGGAGGCCGCAGAGGCGGCGGCACCAGCAGCAGACCAUUACAUGACAAUUACGGCUCUCGUGCUGCUGCCUCCCUUCGCCUCGAGAUAGAACUGCUCUCGCGCACUCCGGUUGUGCUAGAGACCAACGAAAGCGCUCCAUUGCUACGAGAAGAGCUGCUGGAACUGCUGGAGACCUUGGGAAAGACACCAGACACUUUUUGGGGAUCCAUUCCGAGCCCGUUGGGUGUGGGCGUCCGCGCUCAGUUUCUUGCUACAUAUCAGGGUCUCGACGACAAAACUGUCGCGACCGCGCUCGCGGGAGCCUUUGACACAGCCUCCGGCGGGACGCUGAGCUACUUAUCGCGUCACCUCCUCCUGGAGAACCGCAGGCGAGAUGAGAAGUCGAGAUCGGGCGAGAACAAAGUCGCCGCGACGUCGCAGGGGAUCGGUGCGAAAAUGCAGAUACCGUCCAGGCCUAAGACGAGCUCUUCGACAGCUGAGAUGUCUGUCAUCGCCGGCUCACAUCCAAUUAAGGUGGCCGAGGUCGAUACUACUGGUCAAGAUACGGAGGCGGUGGCGGGCCUGGGAGCGGCAAGUGUUGGCGACAACAUUCAGGUAGUCAGUGUGGGAUUUGUGUCGGCGCAUUUCAGGUGGCAUUCCGUCGGUAGACUAACCAUAGGUCUACUGGAGCGCCUCUGCACCAGCCGUGGUCUACAGGUUUUCGUGAUCGACUCCUCGAGCGGCGGUCGCCACAGGAGCACGGCAGCCACCGUUCAGGAUACUUCUCGAGGUCAGCCUGACGAAGACUUCGUCCUCGAGAGGCUCGCCGCUGCGGGGGCUUCCAUCGUGCGAAUACAGGCAGCGGCGGCGCCCUCCCCUAGGAAUGGUGUCGACGCCACUUCACCAACACGAUUGGCACCAACAACAAAAGUCGUAGGAAACUCUGAUAGUUGUGGCGAUGGAGCCGGCAGCGAUGCGUUGCAGACAGCACGGGAGGCCAUCGCUGCGCUGCGGCUCGACGUCCUAGUCUACGGCGACGUCGGGAUGGACGCGUUCACCACGGGGCUGGCGCACGGCCGACUCUCUCCCGUCCAGGUGGCUUUCUGGGGACACCCGGGCACCACCGGGCUGUCAACCAUGGACUACUUCGUUACGUCGGACCUUUUCGAAGGGGAUCUCGGCGCAGUCUGGGGUGACAGGCGACGACUGCGAAGUGACGACGGGGGUGCCAGCAGUGCAGAUGACGAUACCCGCUAUGUUAAGCACAGGGAGGAAGCCGGACGCAACCGCGACAUUGUUGGUGAUGAGGCCACAGCAGCGAGGGGUGAGGGCGAUGGCCCCGAGGCUUGGGCAGGAGCCGAAAAACAAGACAGGCAGCACGCGUUCUCGGAGCAACUCGUGAGGCUGGUUGGGCUCGGAUUCGUCUUCGACGAUCCUGCGCUGACGUUUGGGUGGGAUUCCGCGGGCGAGGACUCGGGCAACGUGCCAGGUAGGAACGAACCAUCGGGAGACUCUUGGAAUGGCAGCAGAAACGGGAAGCACGACAGAGGAAUGGAAGAUAGAAAUCAACGUCACUCUGAGAUCAGCCUCCCUUCAUCCUGCGGAGGCGACGGUCGUGCCGCUUCUUCUCCAGAAGUAAUGGAGAAGAGGGAGGCUGAGGAAGCGAACCGUCCACGGCUCUACGUCUGCGCCCAGUCCCUCAUGAAGAUGCACCCCGCGUUCGAUGCGGUACUUGCCGGCAUCCUGGCGGCGGAUCCCCUGGCGCAGAUCCUGCUCCUCCGAGACUCUCGCCAACUCCUGUGGCACUCGCGGUUCCGGCGGAGACUCCGGGCGGCGAUAGAUGCGGCCGAGCAAGGCACCAACUACGCCGCCGUCUCCACGUGCGCAGCUACAGCCCACAACGGGACCGGCCCGGCGUCGUCACCGAUACGGGGAGGGCUUUGGUCGCGAGUGCGCUUCGUGAGCCCCCUGUCCGGGCGCGAGUUCUUUCGUCUGCAGUGUCGCGCUGACGUGGUCCUGGACCCGUUUCCCUUCGGCGGGGGAGUGACGACGUUAGAGGCGCUGGCGUGCGGAACGCCAGUGGUGACGGCCGGCGCCCUGCAGAGCGUUCACCGGCUCGCCGAAGGCCUGAUUGCCGCCGCGGCCAACACUCAAUGCCAACGCCGGGAAGAGCACCACCCAGAGGAACACAAAGGCGAAGUAGGAGCACUAAAGACGACGCCUAGCGGCAGGAAUACCGGUGGUUGUGUUGAUCCGGCCGGGGGCGGGCAGCAGACGGCCGGCGAGGCACCGGCAGGAGGGGUGCCAGAAAAUCGUCGCGAAAAUACGACAAAGCACCCCGAUUUCACCAGCACCGAUGAGACGAGCGGUGUGUGUGUACCAACAACGCGGCACACCCCUGGGGCAGCUGCUGGCACAGCGGGUGCGAGGGACGCAGCCGUGAACACCGACGACGAGCAACACAUGGACAACAACGUGCUCGUGCGAAGCCUCAUGGCGAGGUCAACGACAGAGUACAUCGCAAAGGCUGUCGCGGUGGCCGCCCCCGGAGCGCUCAAGAGGAAGGUUCGACGGGCGUUGCGCUGUGGUCGCAACGGCCUGCUGCACGGAGGAGGAGGAGGAGGAGGAGGAGGAGGCGAUGAGGAUGGCAGCGACGUGGCGGCGGACUGGGAGAGGUUCCUGACGAACGCCGCCGCGUCGACCACCACCGCGAACUCUUUGGCACGGAGCGUGUGA